CGAUUUUGCUCCGCUUGAGCCGAUGGCGGCCAACCUGGAAGAGCCUCUCCAUGCCUUCUGGAAGAACCCCGGUGCUGGCGAGGACACUGCGGAAACUCCCGCCAUGAGAGUGGACAUCGAGAAAUACCGCAUGAAGUACCGUGCCUACCGACUGGGCUAUUCGAAGACUUACGAACAGGCAUCCAAUAUCCAGGACUCCAGCCCAUUGGACAAGAAGGAAAUUGUCUGCGAGCCCAUUGACGCUCCGCUCUUCAAUCACCUGAGCGACGCGAAACGAAACGAGAUUGACAAGUACCGCGCAGACUACCGAAAGUAUCGCCUUGGCUAUGCAUCUGGCGCCAGGGGCGAAGUGGCGGACCUCUUCCGCCGGCAGUUGUCCACUGAGGCUCGGUGUGUUCCCGUUGAAGGGAUGCAAAAAACAUCAAAACGAUGCAUCAAAUGUAUGAAUGGGAUAUGA